CGCGGAACUUGGUGAAAAGAGGGAAAUCCAGACGUACGGAAAACGAAAACGAAAUUAAACAUACAACUACAGCACUAUAUAUUUACAUAUAUAUAGUAUAAAUCUUCCGCUUUGACGAGAUUUAAAUAGAUUUAAGCGUCAUUUACAGAGCCAUGGCUCAGCCAGGGGUCCAACUCCAGCAAACAGAAAUACAGUUCUGGCUGGACAAAGUGGAAUGCUGGGGUGAAGCUGACGCUUGUAAAGAUGCCUGCUUUCACUUGAGCACACUGAGGGAUUUCCUCCAGAGACUUCUUACACACAUCACCAACAUGGGCUCCACGACAGAGACCAUGAAAAACAUGCCUUCUCUUGGCCAGCUUGUGGGCCGUCUCUGUUGGAACCCAGUGGUUACUGCUCAUGAUGAAACCAGAGCGCUGAUCUUCCAGUGUCUGUGGGGACUACACACCGAGCAGCCAGCCAAUGCUUUGGAAAGAAAGGCCAACCAAUGGAUACAGAAGGUCUUGUGCCAACUUGCAACCGAAGACGAUGCAAACCCAUCCAGUCUUUUGUUGAAAGAAUUGUGCCUGUCGCCAACACAGUACCAUCUCCAAGUUCUCAGAAAGAUGGUGGCACAGUUGCAGGAAAACACUGGAAAACCCUGCAGUUUGUUGGGAGGCGCAAAUCAGAGGUGUUCGUGUAGCAGGAUUGCGGCUUGCAUCCCCUUGGUUACCUGCCCUGAAGUUGCUCCUCUCAUUGGAGCUUUACUGCAGAGGCCAUUGAUAUGUGCAGAAUCAGCUCUUACUGAUAGCUUCCAUGGCGCUAUAAGCUCUGCCUAUUCCAGCGGUCGCUUGUCACUAGAGGACCAGGCUGUCGUCACCCUGUGGUAUCGCAACCUGCCCAGCCUGGAGGAAGCGGUGCUCAGUCUGCUGGAGUCAACUGUCCUUGGCAUUCCUGGGACGUCACUGCAGCAGCUCCAGCAGCAAAUAGCACAGUCACUCCUGCCGAAAGCCUGCGCCCAGCACUGCGCCAUCUUUUUGGUGGCAAAUGAUAUCUUCAGAUUCCUCCUGAAGAAGCGAGAGGCUAAUCCAGGCAUCAGGAUUCUCAUCCAAAUGUUUACCAGCCGAUUCUAUCAGGAACUGACACUGUUACAUCCACGGGCCCGUUUACCUUUGAAGGCCUUCUUCCCUCUGUCCCCGAAAAAUCUGCUGCUUCCGCUCUUGACCCAGCCUUCAGAGGUGCCAGGAGAGGCUCGGAGACGUCACCUGAACUGGCUGAGUGGCUCAUUACGGAGACUGACAGAGGAGGAAGAGGAGGCGGGUGCCAGCAGAAGCAUCUUUGAGGCCUGGUUCCUGCUGGUUCAGUGUUCCCAUUGGGUGCAAGCGGCCCUGCAGCUCCUGGUCACCACAGAGCUCCCGGACUUGCACCCCUUGCUGUGGCUGCUGACCUUUUACCACCACCCCACCAAAAGGGGGCACUGCAGGGAUGUACAACUGGUCCACCUUACAGAAGCCCGAGACCACCUGCACCACCUCUUUGUCUCAGCGCCCCCUCCUGCACAUCAACCCCCUCUUCCAGUGGAGCGGCUCCACAGUCUGCUGGCGCUCAUUUCGCCGGGCACUCGGCGGCCAUCGGCGGCGCCGUUAUUGAUUGUCGACCUUGUGGUCAACUUUGCAGUUUUCUCACAACAAUCACUGAGAGUCUCUGCAGAGAUUGUGCACACGGUGGCGGCUCAGGCCGGUCUGGCCAGUGAAGCGGUACAUGUUCUGGACUCUCUGGGGCACCGUCUCAGCGCGGCGAGUUCCCCGUCAAGUGAGGCUGACAGAGCAAGCAUCAGGAUCAAGGAGCUUCACAACACCCUUCGGGACCUCCCUGCAGACUCCCGCCCCUUGCUUUGACCUUUGACGCAGGGACAGCAAGGGAUCUAAAUGACACACAAUUACACACAGACACAGAUGAAGCGUACAAGGACGGUGAAGCAGUGACGGGUCACUGUGGCAACAUUAUCCCUCAUCGAACUACUACCUCACUAUAAUACUGUAUAGUUCUUUCAACACACAUGCUGACAUCUGUCUUUCAAUUAAAUGGUACGCAAAAAACAAUAUCUGGUCAUGAAAUACAUUCUUGGAAUUGAAUAUCUCUUUAAAUUUCCAUCCAUCCAUUUAUUUUCUAUGCUGCUUAUCCUAUGCCCAUAGGGGCCUAUCCCAGCUGACUUUGGGCGAGAGGUACACAAAUGUAGUAUCUUUAAAUAUCUUUGACCCAUUCUGAUUGUACACUUUGUAAGUGCUGUGAUCUUCCAGCGAUUUGAUGGCACAUGGAAAAUUAUAAAGUAUUUCCCUGGAAAAACAACAACAAAAAAUUGUUACAGCAAAAUAAAAGCCUAGACAAGACAAAAAAACUAGAUACUUUUGUAUAAUAGUAUGACAAAAAGUUGCAGAGUAUGAGAAAUAUAUUUCAAUAUUAAAGUCAGUUUUGCCAAUACAGCAUAUUACAACUUUAAUCAUGCAGUAUUGAAAUAUUUUUCUUAUAAUAUUAUGAAUAUAUUCAUUUUCUUCUUUUGGUUUUAUUCUUGUAAUACAUUUUUUUCUCAUAAUGACAUUCAUUCAUUUUCUACCGCUUAUCCUCACGAGGGUCACAGGGUGCUGGAGCCUAUCCCAGCUGAGGUGGGGUACACCCUGGACUGGUCACCAACCAAUCACAGGGCACAUAUAGACAAACAACCAU